CGAAGGAUAGCAACAAUGAAGUGGGCCUUUGUUUUGUGUGCCAUGGUGGCACUGUCCGAGUGCCUUGUCCAAAUCCCUCUAGAGAAGGGUAAGACUGCCAGGGAGAUCCUGGAGGAACAGGGUCUGUGGGAGGAGUUCAGGCUGAAGUACCCUUACAAUCCCAUGGCCAAGUUCAACGACAGGUUCGCCGUGGCCGACCAGCCCAUGACCAAUGAUGCUGAUCUGGCUUACUAUGGAGUCAUCUCCAUUGGAACUCCUCCUCAGUCCUUCAAGGUCAUCUUUGACACCGGCUCCUCCAACCUGUGGGUGCCCUCCGUCUACUGCAACAGCCCAGCCUGCAACAACCAUGACAAGUUCAACCCUGGCAGAAGCAGCACCUUCAGAAACAAUGGCAGGAGUCUCAGUAUCCGCUAUGGCACUGGCAGCAUGACUGGCAUCCUGGGAUACGACACUGUGACGGUUGGUGGACUUGCUGUGCGUAACCAGAUCUUCGGACUGAGUGAGAGUGAGGCUCCCUUCAUGCAGUACAUGCGUGCUGAUGGCAUCCUGGGCCUGGCUUACCCACGCCUGUCGGCCUCUGGUGCUACCCCUGUCUUCGACAACAUGAUGAGGGAGGGUCUGGUGAACCAGGACAUGUUCUCCGUAUACCUGAGCUCUCACUCUCAGGGCGGCAGUGUGGUGACCUUCGGUGGCAUUGACCCCAGUCACUUCUAUGGUCCCAUCACCUGGAUUCCCCUCUCCAAUGAGCUGUACUGGCAGAUCACAGUUGACAGUGUUACUGUCAAUGGUCAGGUUGUGGCCUGCAACGGUGGUUGCCAGGCUAUUGUGGACACCGGCACUUCUCUGAUUGUUGGGCCUCAGAGCUCCAUCCAGAGCAUCAACCAGUGGGUGGGAGCUAGCAGCCAGAAUGGAGAUUAUGUUGUCAACUGUAACUCUGUUUCCCAAAUGCCUGAUGUGACCUUCCACAUCCAUGGGCAGCAAUUCACCGUCCCAGCGUCUGCCUACGUCCGCCAGUCAUACUAUGGCUGCCGCACUGGCUUCGGCAAUGGAGGUGACAGUCUGUGGAUCCUGGGUGACGUCUUCAUCAGACAGUAUUAUUCCAUCUUCAGCAGAGCCCAGAACAUGGUGGGCCUGGCCAGAGCCAGAUAA